AUGGCAUUAACCAUUUUGGUAGACACUGCUUCUCUUUCGGGUUUACCAAAUAGAACACAAUUCCCAUUGGUCUCAGAAGUUAAAAAGCGUCGGGCACCAAAAGCCCCUGAGCUUCCAAUAAUAGAGAGGAGAAACUGGCUCAUCCACCACCACUAUAUACAUAAAGAUUAUGAAACCUGCAAGGCCAUCAUCAAGGAUCAGUUGCAGGAGUCUAAUGGAAUGUGUGAAUAUGCCAUAUAUGUGCAAGCACUAAUCUUGCGUCUUGAGGGUAAGAUCCAACAAUCCCUGGAGCUGUUUCAGAGCUGUGCCAUCCUUAAUCCCAGCAGCGCUGACAAUCUCAAGCAAGUAGCCAGAUCUCUGUUUUUACUGGGAAAGCACAAGGCAGCGAUUGAAUUCUAUCGUGAGGCUGCAAGGUUCAACGAAAAAGACUGGGAGAUCAGUCACAAUCUGGGAGUAUGUUAUUUCUUCAUCAAAGACUACAAACAUGCUGAGGAGCAGCUCAACAUGGCUCUCCAGUUGAACAAACAUGACACGACUUUCAUGAUGCUCGGGAAAGUCCACUUGGUGGCCGGUGAAACUGACAAAGCCAUUGAUGUGUAUAAGAGUGCAGUGGAAUUCUCCCCAGAGAAUACAGAACUCCUGACAACUCUUGGUCUGCUCUAUCUCUCUCUUGGUAAAUACCAAAAAGCUUUUGAGCACCUUGGAAAUGCCCUCACAUUCGACCCUAACAAUUACAAGGCCAUACUGGCAGCAGGCAGCAUGAUGCAGACCCACGGGGAUUUUGAUGUGGCCAUGAACAAGUACCGGGUCGCAGCAUGUGCUGUGCCUGAAAGCCCCCCUCUCUGGAACAACAUUGGCAUGUGCUUCUUUGGCAAAAAAAAAUAUGUUGCUGCCAUUAGCUGCCUGAAGCGAGCUCACUACUUGUCUCCUUUUGACUGGAAAGUGUUGUACAACCUGGGGCUGGUACACCUUACCAUGCAGCAGUACGCUUCUGCGUUCCACUUCCUCAGUGCUGCCAUCAACCUGAGCCCACGAUUGGGCGAGCUCUACAUGCUGCUGGCAGUGGCUUUGACCAAUCUGGAUGACAUUGAGAAUGCUACCAGAGCAUACGAGCAAGCUGUGAAUCUGGACCAAUCAAACCCUUUGGUCAACCUGAACUUUGCAAUUUUCCUCUACAAUCACGCCGACAAGAAGGAAGCACUGAAUCAGUACCAGGAAAUGGAGAGAAAAGUCAACACACUGAGAGACAACAGUAGUAGCUUUGACUUUGACCCUGAGCUCAUAGACAUGGCCCAGAAGUUGGGAGCAGCCCUACAGGUAACAGAGAGUUUGGUGUGGACUAAACCGUCCAAAGACUCCAAGUCCAAAGCGGGCUCGGGAGACGCCACUCCGAGCUCGGGCGCUCCUCUCGGUACUAACCAAGCCCUUGGUCAAGCCAUGUCUUCUGCUGCUAGCUACAACAAGAACAUCCAGCUACCAACAAAACCCUCAACAUCACUUGACCCUGACCCAGACAUAGAUCCCAGCCCACCCUCUGAUCCACCAGGUUCCCCAGAAUUUGCCCAAGCAGAGGACCCCAGACCCAAAUCCUCUAAGAGAAGAUCAAAGGUAGAAGAAUGA